AUGUCCCAUCUCGACCUUCACACUGCUAUCACACGUCAACUGGUACGGUUGUUUAGUGAAUGUCGUUUUGCGCCACAGCCAAUUCUUCCCGCUCCUGCAACUACUCCUAAUGCUACUACUGCUGCUGAACUGCUGCCUGUGACUGCACCUGUUCCUGUUCCUGUUGUGACAACUGCUACUCGGUCAACAUGUACUGAUCAGUCAGCAUCUACUGAGAGGCCAUUUAAGAUGCAUCAACGGUCUGUGGUUCCACAACUGAUGGCACCACCACCACAAGUAGUUGUGAUGCCACCACUACAAGUAGUUGUGAGGCCACUACCACAGGUAGUUGUGAUGAUACCACCACCAGCUCUACUAUCACAGCAACCUGGUGUUAUGUUGCUACCUGCUGAGCCACAACCACAACCAGCAGUACCACUGCAGUGA